AUGGCUUCCACUUCUAAGCUUUUCCUUCUCACGGCUCUGCUUGUUCUGACCAUGCCAUUCAUGGUCAGUAGUACUUCUCGACCUUUGAAUUACCCAACGAGGAGCAAAUCAAACCUUGCAGCCAGAUUGAAAUUGGAUGAAGAAUCAUCAACCUGCUGGGAGUCUUUAUUUCAGUUCCAGGCAUGCAGUAAAGAGGUUGUGUUGUUCUUCCUCAAUGGUGAGACUAGCUUAGGAGAAGGCUGCUGCAAAGCCCUUAGCACCAUUGAGCACCUGUGUUGGCCAGCCUUGCUCGGCUCUCUAGGGCUUACCACGGAAGAGACUGAUAUAUUAAAGGGUUACUGCGACGAAGCCGAUCAAAUCCAAUCACCUCCGACAUCGCCUUCACCACCAUCUGUUCAUCAGCCUACCGGAAAACUUGUUCCGGGUCUGGACAAGUUUAUUCCGUGA